AUGGCGCGACCGACAGAAGGCUUCGAUUUGCAGCUAUACUUGGCGGCCUCUAGCCAUUCGGUAAGCGCCGCCCUCAUUCAAGAAUCUCCAAUUCUUAAACUAAUUUAUUUUGUUAGCAGAACUUUACAGGGCGCAGAAGAACGAUAUUCCCAGGUGGAGAAAGUAGCUCUCGCCUUAAUCACUGCAGCGAGAAGACUCCGACCGUACUUUCAAAGCCACCAAGUCGUUGUCCGGACAAACCAUCUAAUCGCUAAAAUUCUCCGAAAGCUGGAUCUCGCAGGCCGAAUGGUUGCCUGGUCGAUUGAAUUGUCAGAAUUCGGCCUCCGGUUCGAACCACAAGGUUCCGUCAAAGGUCAGCAUCUGGCCGACUUCGCAGCAGAACUCUCGCCGGCAAUCGUACCGCCCACAUGGACUUUAAGCGUGGACGGUUCCUCAGACAGAAAAGGAGGCGGUGCUGGAGUCGUACUUGAAGGGUCGGGCGGUCUACUUGUCGAACAGGCCAUAUCCUUCAACUUUCAACUCAACAAUAAUCAAGCUGAAUACGAAGCCCUAAUCAGCGGGCUACUUCUGGCAAUAGAAUUGGAGAUCGAACGUUUGAAAUGCCGAAUGGACUCACAGUUAGUCGUCGGACACAUUAAUGGCACUUUUCAAGUCAAAGAUAAUCAUCUGUUACGAUAUUAUCACAAGGUUAGUGAUUUGAUUACAUCAUUUGUCAUCUUCAGCAUUGCACAUGUACCCCGAACGCAAAAUUCUCGGGCAGAUCUAUUGUCUAAACUGACGCACAGUCGAGACAAAUCUCAGUUAACCUCGGUGAUCAGAACCGCCUUAGAUAAACCCCUGUUAGAAACAUGCUCCAUUGACCUUACCGCCCCGAAGACUGACUGGCGACAAGAAAUCAUACAGCUGAUGACUCAACAAGAGCAGGGCGGGUUCGUAAGCGCAUCCGAUGCUAAACGAAUCGCUCGGUACACAUUUGUCGGCCACGACCUUUAUCGCCGAGGGUACACUACCCCGUUGUUGAAGUGCCUAUCUACAGACGAAGGACAAUAUGUUAUUCAAGAGCUACAUCACGGAAUUUGUGGAACACAUUCAGUCAAGAAAUUACUUCGAGCAAAAAUCCUACGAGCUGGCUUCUACUGGCCCACCAUUGAAAGAGACUGUGCAGAUUUCGUACGAAGAUGCAUCUCUUGUCAGGCUCACGGACAAGACAUCCGGAUCCCUCCAUCAGAACUCUUGGGGAUCAUUCCCCCAUGGCCCUUUGCUCAGUGGGGAAUGGACAUCGCUGGCCCUUUGCCGGUCGGAAGCGGACAGCGCAAAUAUCUCCUGAUUCGGCAUCCCGCAGAAGCUUAUUACCGAUAA